AAUAUAUAUAAAGAAAAAACAGAUUAUUCGACGUAUAUUUAACGCGCUCUGUUUUAUAUAUAUAAGAAGAGAUUUUUCUGUAUCUCACAAAUUCAUCAUCGUGAAGCGUCCGAAGGCUAUUAUUUGGACGACCAUCAGAGAAAGAGCUUAGAUCUCGUCCGGCGUUGUUUCUUCGGCUUGGAAAAAUGGGGCUUUCGUUCGGAAAGUUAUUCAGCAGGCUUUUUGCGAAGAAAGAGAUGCGUAUUCUGAUGGUUGGUCUCGAUGCUGCUGGUAAGACGACAAUCCUGUACAAGCUCAAACUUGGAGAGAUCGUUACCACUAUUCCCACCAUUGGGUUCAACGUCGAAACUGUGGAAUACAAGAACAUUAGCUUCACCGUGUGGGAUGUCGGGGGUCAGGACAAGAUCCGUCCAUUGUGGAGGCACUACUUCCAGAACACACAAGGACUUAUUUUUGUUGUGGACAGCAACGAUCGUGACCGUGUUGUUGAAGCUAGGGACGAGCUUCACAGGAUGCUGAAUGAGGAUGAAUUGAGGGAUGCAGUUCUGCUUGUUUUUGCUAACAAGCAAGAUCUUCCCAACGCAAUGAACGCUGCUGAGAUAACUGACAAGCUUGGGCUUCACUCUCUCCGCCAACGACACUGGUACAUUCAGAGCACAUGUGCCACCUCUGGUGAAGGACUCUACGAGGGACUUGACUGGCUCUCCAACAACAUCGCAAACAAGGCAUAGAAAGGAGGUAGCAGGGUUCCUCCUUGCUUGUUUGGUUUUAUAAACCAAGGAAGUGAAGUGGUCUGUUUCGCUAGUACUAAAAAAAACGAAACCCAGAUUUAUUAUCAUCAUAUUCUUCUUCUUCGUCUCUCAUCUCAAACUCAAAUCAUUUUACAUUUUGUAAUUUCCUUUGAUUACUCGUAAGCUUUUUUUCUUCUUCCUGGAGUGAGUAUAUCUCUUUUAUUUCUUCUUUUAAUCAGUUUCUUCCUCGCAUUCUGUUU